UCUUCUUGAAUUCCCCUGGGAGUAUGUUAGUGGCUCAUAUUUCUUCAAACCAGUCAAAACUCAAAGCUUAAUAAUUAUAAAGACUAUGUUCAAGCCUCCCCACUCUUCUUCUUUCUUUCCCUCAUCUCAUCUCAUCAACAAUUUUCCUUCUUCACUUUCAUCAUAUCCUGCUUCUGCUCAAACAACUGCUGAAACCUUAUUAUGUUAACCCUUCGAGGGGCGAUCACCAAUGGCGAAAACGAUCAAACUCACGACCAUAACGGUGACCAUCAUGACCUUGACGAUGAUGAGCAUAUCAGGGACAUCCAUGCUUUGACCCCACCUCACCCUCCAGCUGUGAACCGUGGCCGUUGGGAGACUGGUAGCCAUCGAUCAUCUUCUUUGUCCAUAUCUAGUGAAGCUGCUUCGAGUGAAAACUUUACUACCAUGAGUAGAGAGUUCAAUGCUCUUGUUCUUGCUGGCUCUUCCGUUGAAAACAAUGAUUCUGAUUCUAUAAACACUUUAAACAAUCAUAAUCACUUGACCAGGAUUGGAGAGGAGGAAGUGCCUGAGGAAACUAAUCCUUUGGCUAUAGUGCCAGAUAAUAACCCCUUUGAUCAGGGUCCGGAACAAAGGAGGGCCGAGUCAGGAGGGUCGUUGGCGGCGAGCAGUAGCGGCCAUGGGGAGGUUUCUGUGCUGCGAGUGAAGAAAGAGGAGGUUGAGUCCAAAAUAUCUGCCUGGCAAAACGCAAAGGUUGCAAAGAUUAAUAAUAGGUUUAAGAGAGAAGAUGCUAUAAUUAAUGGGUGGGAGGGUGAGCAAGUUCAAAAGGCCACUUCUUGGAUGAAGAAAGUUGAGAGGAAGCUAGAGGAGAAAAGAGCAAGAGCCUUAGAAAAGAUGCAAAACGAUGUGGCAAAAGCGCACAGAAAAGCUGAAGAGAGGAGGGCAUCAGCUGAGGCCAAGAGAGGAACCAAAGUUGCCAGGGUUCUUGAAAUAGCCAAUUUGAUGAGAGCUGUUGGGAGAGCUCCGGCCAAGCGAUCCUUCUUUUGAGCCUGCCUUAUCACUUAAUCAGUACAAAAACAAUGUCCUCUACUUUUCAUCAAAAACAUCCCACCUGAAAACAAAAAAGGAAAAUUGUGUGGACACAAUAAUUCUCCCCUUCUAGAGUACCUUCACCUUUUCAACUGCAGGGUACCCUACAUGAAAGGGCAGUGAAGAGUUUGCACCAUAUCCAAUAUAUAUGUAGUUAACUGAUGAUUUGAAAUCUAUGAGUGUGUGAACUUUGAAGUGUGUUGGGAUUUUUGAGGACUUGGUGGUGAUAGUGGUGGAACAACCUCUUUUGUCUUGUACAGUAAAAAUUAUUUUUCUUUUAUCUGGUUCUGGGCAGGGCUAUGGUGCUGCUUUUGACUUGUGGCCAUUAUACAUGUUUAGAAUAUAUUUACUUUGGUGCAUUUGCUUCUGCUGCUGCUGCUGCUGCUGAUGUUAUUGCUUGGGAUCCAUUAUCUUUGUGCCAAUAUAUCAUUUAAAUUACGAA